AUGACAUCAAGAAUGGCUUGUUUAGAAUUAAAGAAAAAUUUGGAGGAUGAAGAGAUGCUUUUGACAGGAGGCUUGAAAUCUCUUCUUCCCCAUGUGCUAAGAAGAAUAAUUCGAUCCAACAGACUCAGUAUUAGUAAUACUUCUGGAAUGGCAGAAGGCUAUAAACAGGCAAAUGUUGUGAUUUUGCACAAGUCCCUGGCUGAUGACUUUGAGAAGUUCUGCCAUGCAAACAAUGGACCCCUGCCACUGCUGUACAGAAGUCAACCAGGUGACUGGAAAUGUCCUUCCCUGAGUAGUGAUUCUGAUAUCAGAACUGACUGCCUCCAGUACAGAAAAUAUGAGUAUGGAACUUGUACUGCAACACUGAAUAGCCUUACGGAAUAUUCUGAACAACUCAAGGACAUGGUGACAUUUUAUUUAGGCUGCAGCUUCUCUUUUGAAAAAGCAGUCCAAAAAGCUGGCAUUCCUAUCAGAAAUGUUGAGCAAAAAUGUAAUGUAAGCAUGUACAAAACAUCUGUGCCUUGCUACAGCAUUUCUAUGUUUCACUGCAACUUAGUAGUCACAAUGAGACCUAUUCCUGAGAGCAAGUUGGGAGCAGCUGUGCUGGCAACAUCUGAAUUAAAAGAAGCCCAUGGAGCACCAAUUCACAUAGGUGACCCUGGUCUGCUGGGAAUACAAGAUCUUUCUAAACCAGACUAUGGAGAUCCAGUUCACCUUCACCCUGGUGAUAUUCCAGUGUUUUGGGCCUGUGGAGUAACAGGAGUAGAAGCAAUUAUCAACUGCAGAGCUCCAUUAGCUUUUACUCAUUCUCCUGGCUGCAUGUUCAUUACUGACAUAAAGAAUGACAAUGUCAGAUCCUCAGGAGGAGUCCCACAGAUCCACCGCAUCUCUCAAGAUCCUCUGCAUUUCAGUAUUGUGUCAGCAGAAGCAGCCCAAAAGAUAAAGGCUCUAGAGACCCUAAUUGGAAUAGAUCCAGGAGAGAGGGGCAUAAGGCACCUGCAGCAGCAGGGUGAGCUGCUGGGGUCCUGCCUGGCCAUGUCCCACGCACGCUCCGUGCUGAUAACCACGGGAUUUCCCACCCACUUCACCCACCAGCCACCCGAGGAGAACGACGGCCCCCCGGGAGCCCUUGCCAUUGCAGCUAUGCUGCAGGCCUUGGAGAAACAGGUUGCCAUAGUUACAGAUCAGAGAGCCAUGGAUCUGAAUAAAAAGAUUAUUGAAGAAGCUGUUCAACUAGGAAUCCUGAAGAAACCCAUCCCUCUGUUGAGUUAUCAAAAGGAAAGUGCUGAUUCAGCUUUAAAGUUUUUGUGUGAGAAUGAGAAUCCUGGAAGACCUAGAUUUGAUCACCUGGUAGCAAUAGAGCGUGCUGGGAUGGCUGCUGAUGGCAAUUAUUACAAUGCCAGGAAAGUUAACAUUAAACAUCUUGUGGAUCCCAUAGAUGAACUAUUUUUAGCUGCACAAACCAUUCCAGGAGUCACAACAACAGGUGUUGGAGAUGGAGGAAAUGAAUUAGGAAUGGGCAAAGUAAAAGAUGCUGUAAAGAAGCACAUAAAAAAUGGAGAUGUUAUAGCUUGUGAUGUUGAAGCUGAUUUUACUGUUGUAGCUGGGGUCUCUAACUGGGGUGGCUACGCCAUUGCCUGUGCUCUGGAUGUGCUGCGCCGCUGUGAGAUCCACGACCGCUACCUGCGCAGAGCUCUGGGCUUCCCGCGCACGCCGAGCCGGAGGCUCUGGCAGCCGGCGCUCCCAUCUGUCACCAAGGAAGAAAAGCUUCUGAAAACACUUGUGCAGCUUGGGGUCCGCAGUGGCAAAACUGCCAGUCUAGAGAUGGAAGUGGAUGGGCUGCCCUUCUACAACACCCAUUCUCAUAUGAUUGAAAAGCUUCUGCAGGAAGCACAGCAGUGACUGCCCCUAAUGAUUUCUGCAUCAAGAGUUGCUCUUAUUCUUGCAUUUCCUUAUUCUUGAGGCUCUCACAAGGUGUAAAAGAUUAGCAAAAGUUGAGUUUCUAUCUCUGGUGUCUUGAUCAUGCACAGCCUUUCAUUGUUAUCUUUUCAACAUCUCUAUGGAACACAAAGACUAUAUCAUCCACUUGGUCUGCCUUUCUUUUAUGUAAUUUUAUAAAGGAAAAUUAAUAUUAAAUGAUAUUAUAUAAUAAGAGGUGAUCUGGCUUUUACAAAGAAAGCAUGAAUGAGAUAUUAUUGCACUGCUGUUCUUGUUUUACUAACCUCAUAACUGCAACAGGAAGUAACUCCUGUAGCAAUUUGAUUGUAAAAAUGCUUGUGGUGAGGAAAACAGCUACAGUAGAGAGGGAAGAUUCAAAACAAAACUGGAGUGUUACAGUAGUGAGAGCUCCAUUGCACACUUCCUGUAGCCCCUCUACCCCUGUGUUCUUAUAGUGGGGGAUAGUUUGUGGAAGUGUGAGGAGAUAAGGAGAAAAUUUUAACUGAGCUAAUGAAAAUAAAGGCAGCAUUGCAGAUCUUCUGUGUAAAAGGUUGGCUGUGCCAUUAACCCCUGUCUAUUAGUAGUUUGCCACUUAUAUAUUUUGCCACUUUAUGGAUAAUAGAGAAAAGUUUUAGAUAUUUCACAGUAUCCUGUUGUUCCGAAGACAUUAUUGAAUACAAAAAUAAUUAUUUAAAUUAAUUAUGAUAAAUUGAAGUAUGAUUAAAAAUAAAUAAACAUUUGCAUUCACUAUGAAAUAACAUUAUGCAAAUAAACUUCUACUUGAGUUCUGAAUUCCUGUUGUAGAAAUUCAGCUCCUGACAAGACCAAGUGAAGUCUGUCACACAGGAUUACAAACACUGAAGCAGUACACAACUAAUGGUUGUGAGCUGUGCCCAGCUGUUGUCAUUUAAAGCUGUAAUUUUACCUUAGCUCCAGGUGAGUGUCAGG